AGACGGGUGGUGAUGAGAAGUCAAACACUUAUUCUAUCACUACGAUAAACAUUGUAUGCUUUCGUCACCCAUAAUGCAGGUUGAGAUAUUACACUCAAUAAAUUAAAUUUCUGACUGAAUGGGGGCGCUACAUGAAAAAGUCCGGGAUCACCAAAGUCAUUAGAAUUCAUCCUCUGUGGACCAGGAAUAUACAAAAUUUAAUGGCAACCUAUCCUAUACUUUCUGAGAUAUUUCCAUCUGGAAAUGGUGAACCAACCAACCCACAUGACCAUCCAUGGAGUCACAACAGUAGUGUGGCUAAAUACAGUAUUUGACAUGAGAUCAUCAAUAAAAAUAGGCGCAUCAUCCCAAAUUACAAAUACACUUCUCAGUGCGAUGCUGUACUGAGCUGUCACAACAAUAAAUCUUUGAAUUUCCUGGCAUCCUGCCUGGUACGUGAUGAGAUAUCUUGUGUGCAAAGUUGUGAUUUCAGCCUGAGGGCAGCAGCAGGAAGCUCAUGGAGCAUUCCAGAUUCAAAAGAUAAACUUCACAUCAAUCUGCCUCUUAAAUUUUGAUAUUUUAUUGUGUACGAGUGACAGUAUUUGCUCAAUGGGAACACCAGUGUCAGGGGAUCACUCGCAACAUUAGGAAUUAUCCUCUGGGGACCAUGAAUAUCCAGUAAAUUCAACGACAAUCUGGCCAGCAGCUGGUGAGAGACUUUGCUGCAGAACAAAUGGUUCCACAGAUGGAUCGACCAACUGAACAUUUCAGAUCCUCUCCACACCCUGUCGUUAGAUUUUCAAAAUACCAGAAAAAUGACCAAAGCGGAGUCCUGAACAAGUCUGAUUUUCAAAACUCAGUCCCGAACCAGAUCCGUAACGUGCAAUACGGCACCCGUUCUGCCACGUUCAAUCCUUGCCUCGACCCGAAACAGCAAGUCCUUUAAUAACUAUGGGCUGGUAAAAACAUUCCAUACAUUUGAAACUAGUUUAUUUUAAAACAAAGUUAAUUUUGGAAAUAAAAUUUAAACAAAUAUUUUUUUUUACUUAUUCAUGAUACUGACCAGCACAUAGUCAACUUGCCCUUUAGUAACACACCUGAUUAAAGCAGCUCCCAUAUUCAAAAUGGUGCAGAAGGCAGAGUCGACACACAAAGUCAGCAGUCACAGGAUUAAAACGUGAAAACACUUAAUUAAAUUCAUGAUAAUUGUAACUUAAUUUUAAUAAAUUUUUCAUCCAACGUCUGUGAUUCGACCUGUAUGUUCCUUUUUUCGCCCAGACCCGAACCUGAGCAUAAAAUUAAGACAAAACACCAUCUGGGAAUCACCCAAGGGGUACCUGACCAGAUACUGGAAUAUGGACCAAAGUGCUAGUCAAUCUACCACAGUUUCUGCAGGUCUUUUGUUGUUCCAGUGUCCGCCAUUUCCACUACUAGGGAUAAAGACUGCGAAGAACUUACACUGAUACUCUCUGACAAUUGGGGAUAGCUAUAGAGGAAAACAAAACAGCUCUCCUCUCCCUCUUUUGGGUGUGCAACGUUCGAUGCACGUCUUUGUGUCGUAAAUCGAGCCUUCACUUUCCUGGGAGAUCGUACUCCGUGGCAGACAGAACUGCACGGUGAAAGAGAGGCUUAUAGUAAACCAAUCUAAAUACAGAUGGUGUCAUAACUCUACAGCUAUUACAUAGUGCUCUCAACAUUUGCUUCAUAAUGAUAAAGCAAAAACAAUGAUAUCUGUAGGUGAACUAGCAGGAUAAAAAAGUAGGGACAAAAAAAAUCAGAGAGGCUAAAUUAACUACCAUUUAAAAAGAUUUUUAUUACAUAUAAUGACCCAUUUGGAUCUACACACUCUUCUCUAAAAUCCACUGCAUGAGACUCGCUCUCUCCCCCGUCUGUCGGCAGAGAGUUGAAGCUGCUGCUGCUCUAAUCCAGCAGCACUCCCACUUAAUGUGGCAGCAGCGGAGACAAGGACACACCGAUCUCUGGUCCACUCCUGAGAUUGAAAAGCGACACGGCAGCACCCAACAUCAGAGCUCUUGAUACAGUGACAGUGGAACAGAUCUAAGAUGACUGAAUAGCAGGACCACAGGACGGUCUACCCGAACCAACACCUGAGGCACCACAGAUUGGUAUGGUCAACACGUGCUCACUGUGUUUUUCUGACUCUGAUAUCUGAGGAAAUACUUCACUCAUAUCAACUUGGCUCUCCAAGCAGACCAACAGCCUUGCAUCAUGGGGGUUGCGGUCUAUAAUAUCUCUGCCACCUCAGCCAGAGUGAGCUGGCCGUCGUCCCCCAGCUGCCUGGACACCUUCUACAGCGUCAUGUACGACCCAAACUGGAACAGCCUGCUCAUGGGCUACAAGCGCAAGAGCUUCAUGCACGAGGAACGCAUCCCCGUCAGUCAGACCAGCACGCACCUGGCAAACCUCCUCCCCCAGACCGCCUACUUCCUGUGUGUGACGUGUCAGGCGGCCAAUCCGGUGCGGGACCAGUGCCAGGUGUUCAGCACUCCGAGUGACAGCAGCGAAGGUCAUGACAGGGCUGGUUGGGAGCUCGCCAUGGGCGUCUGGCUGACCUGCUGCAUCUUGCUCCUGGUCAUCGCUGGCGUCCUGUUGUGGGGAUGUCUCCACACCAUCUGCUCCCUCCCCGGUCAGGCCGCAGACAGCUGCCAUGUCAUGACCAACUCAUCCCGUCAAGAUAUGUCCGGAUCCGGACGCCUCUACGCUCCCAGACGCACCAGCGAGGACAGCGGCAAACGCGGCAGCAUCAUGCAACCCUCCCUUCUCUCGACGCAGAGUGCUGGCCACAUAAUUACCCAGGACCACGAGCUGAGGACAUUCGCUAAGCUGUCUGGCACCGAGCCAGCAUGAAUCAACUGGAUUGAGGUCAUCAUAGCAUUGUUUUGCUUGGCCUGAACUGCCCCUGAGGGGGUUUUUAUCCACAGAUAAAAAUCUACAGAGCCAGGGGGAGUGUCAUGGAGAAAAAUAAACUAAUCUGUGCUCUCGAAUUACUAAUUCGCGUGCACGGAUUACUGAAUUCCUGCUCUUGAAACAUUUUUAUUACGCUCACACACACUUUAUCAUCUGUUCCUCCACAGUCAGCCAAACUGCAACCAAAACACUGAGAGCUCCAUUUACAUGUAUUAAUUCAUUGUGCAUAAUACCAGUUUGAGUCUGACAACUAACAAGGCAACAUCAUCAUCACUUCUAAAUCAUAAUAAGUUUUACUAUUUGGAAUCAGGGAGUGGGGCAAAAUAUUUUAGGCCCUCAGAAGCCUCAGCUGUUGGCUGCACCCUGGUGUUAAUUAAUGAACGGGAGAGCCUCAUGUGCAGGAGGCAAGGUUGCGCAUAUUUACCAAAAAAAAUAUACGAUGGAAUUGUGCCUGACCGUCAGCAACAGACACUGACGCAUCACUGUGCUUAAAAUAGCUUAUAGGUCAAUAGAGUAAGAGCGCAGGCUGUACACAGCUUUCUGUCUCCGUCUCUUCUGCACGUCAACAAGCACUGAACUCCGAUUCUGUGACAGUUUUAAUGUGUUUUGAUAUUCAACUGUACGCUCUGAUAAGAACAUCUCCAACAGGACUGGACGUCUGACUCGGCAUCAUGUUUUACUCAGUCUCACAUUGCCAGACUUACAGUAUCUCCACACUUUGUCCUUAAAAUGCCGGGCUGAACCCAUCAAAAUUCUGCGAUAAGGGAGAAAAAUGCUCUGGGUUGUUUGUAUGUUCUUUAAACCAGCAGUUCCCAACUGGUCCAGCCAUAGGGUCCAGGUUUCUUCGUAGUCAUUAGUUCAAAGUCCACACAGUUUAAUACACUCAACGUCACACUUGCAUUUGGCCAUGUCAUAGAGCUCGUUUGCUGUUUCUGUCAAGUAGCCACCCACUAGCCUCUCACUCUACAGCAAGAAACAGUGCUUCAAAAUAAAAGCUCUGUGCUGGAAAUUCAACCGCACUUAAAAAUAAAGUGUGUUUUUACAAACUUGACAUGUUCAUGAGUCACUUGUGGUCCGUUAAGGAAGGACCUGUGACCCACCAGCUGGGAACCACUGCUUCAAACCAAUCAUAAUCAUUGAAAGAGAAGGAGAAUUUGGUGUGAAAUAGGCAGCCAAUAGCAGGCCUAUACGCACAGUCUACAUCCUGUGAGUCAGACUGUGUCUUGCUUUAUGACAUCUGAUUUAUGCACAUAAGAUUUCUCAUCUUAACUUAAAUUGAAAGCACAAUAUUUUUCUCCAUGACGUCUCCUGGGCUCUGUGAAAUCCUAUAUGUGUUUGGGAGAUAUAAAUUGUUUUCACAGAGACAGUUUAAACUGAAAUCUUGAUGCGCCACUUCAAAGUUUUUAGUGAUACAUGUUUUACAUUUUAUCCUGUCUACACUGAAUGUUUCUCUUGUAAAUAAGAAGCUCAUGAAAGACAUUUUGAUCAGUGUUCACUUUUACAUUUUGUCCCCAUUUACCCUGCACAUGUUUAAAUACUUGUCACAUAUCUUCUACCAUAAUGAUGCUUUCCUACUUGUACUCUACAGAUAUAUUUACUGAUGAAUGUUUGGCUUCAACAUGUGGACUCAAGAGAAGUCAGCCAGAAAUCAAUAAAAAUAUCUUCCACUCAUGGACUUCAAUAAA